AUGAGUGUUGAAAUUGGUACUAAGGUUGAAGGUGAAAGUCGCAUUCGUCGUUCUCAAUUAAGCCCUGAUAAAUUGAUUGAAUCACCCGAAGAAGGUGUUGAAACUCUUUAUGAUGUGGUACAACGUAGUGUUAAAAAAUAUGGUGAUAGAAAGAAUGCUUUUGGUUAUAGAAAAAUUGAAAAGAUAGUUGAAGAAGAAAAAGAAAUCACAAAAAUUGUUGGAGGAGUUGAAAAAAAAGAAUUGAAAACUUGGAAGUAUUUUCAAUUAUCCGGUUACUAUUGGUUGACUUAUAAUGAUAUAGAUCAAGAAAUUAGAACUAUUGGAGCCGGUCUGAUAAAAUUGGGUUUAAAUAAAGGAUCUAAAAUUACAAUCUUUGCUUCUACAAGAUUGAGAUUCGUGUUGUCACCCAUUUCUAAGGAAACACAGGAAUUUUUAUAUAUAACUUUAUGUCCAAUAUUGCAAGGUUAUGGUAUGACCGAAUCUUGUGGUACGACUACAAUUCUUAUGUCAGAGCAAUUUACUUAUGGCAGUGUUGGAACACCAGCACCUUGUAUAGAAGUAAAAUUAGUUGCCGUACCAGAUGCUGGUUAUAAAUCUACAAAUACUCCUAAUCCACAAGGAGAAGUUUGGAUCCAAGAUGGAUGGCUACAAACAGGAGAUAUUGGAGAAUGGAAGCCAGAUGGAUGCUUGGCUGUCAUUGACAGAAAGAAAAAUUUGGUGAAAUUGGCCCAUGGUGAAUACAUUGCACUUGAAAGAUUGGAAUCAGUUUACAAAUCAACCUUAUUCGUGUCCAAUAUUUGCGUUUGUGCUGAUUCAUAUCAGUCACGUCCUGUAGCUUUAAUUUUUCCUAUUGAAGCACGAGUCAGAAAACUUGCAAUGGAAAAAAACAUAACUGAAACAGAUUUUGAAAAACUAUGUCAAGAUAAGGAAAUAACAAAUUCAGUGCUUCAAGCUUGUCUCGUUGAGGCAAAGAAGGCAGAUUUUAAACCCGCAGAAUUGUUAUCUGCAAUUACAUUGUUGCAUGAAGAAUGGACCACCGAAAAUCAAUUUACUUAUGGCAGUGUUGGAACACCAGCACCUUGUAUAGAAGUAAAAUUAGUUGCCGUACCAGAUGCUGGUUAUAAAUCUACAAAUACUCCUAAUCCACAAGGAGAAGUUUGGAUCCAAGAUGGAUGGCUACAAACAGGAGAUAUUGGAGAAUGGAAACCAAAUGGAAGCCUACCAAUUAUUGACAGAAAGAAAAAUUUAGUGAAAUUAGCUCAUGGUGAAUACAUUGCACUUGAAAAAUUGGAAUCAGUACUUCAAGCUUGUCUUGAUAAGGCAAAGAAAGCAGAUUUCAAACCUGCAGAAUUUUUUGUUGAAAUUGGUACUAAGGUUGAAGGUGAAAGUCGCAUUCGUCGUUCUCAAUUAAGCCCUGAUAAAUUGAUUGAAUCACCCGAAGAAGGUGUUGAAACUCUUUAUGAUGUGGUACAACGUAGUGUUAAAAAAUAUGGUGAUAGAAAGAAUGCUUUUGGUUAUAGAAAAAUUGAAAAGAUAGUUGAAGAAGAAAAAGAAAUCACAAAAAUUGUUGGAGGAGUUGAAAAAAAAGAAUUGAAAACUUGGAAAAGCGAUAUUUAA